UGGUGUUGAUGCUGGUCCAAGAAACAAAACCUACUCUGGACCAGUUUAGGUUUCCACUGUUUACUGACAUGGUGAUACAAUCCAGAACCAGCUUCAUGAUAGUGAAAAUUCCGAGCUGAACCUCAAGUUACAUCGAUAAGCUCCAAAUCCUGGUUCUACCGGGUUCCACACACCGCGGCUCUUUCCUCCUCUUCGCGCCGACCCUCGCGCUCCGUCGGCGGCAUGUCGUGGACCAACCCCGCGGUGCUUCAGGCCACCAGCCGCCUGUGCGGCAGCGGUGGAUCUAUGCCGCUGCCGCGGCUACACCAGGAGCUGCUGCAGCGCUGCAACAUCUCCGAGGAAGACUUCAUCUUCAUCAUCAAGGGCUGUGAGCGUUUCCUGCUGGUCCGCGGACCCGCUGGGGACUACAGCGUGGUGGCCCGGACGUCGCUGCGCCUCUGCCGGAGCUACGGGCGCAAGGAGCCGUGCGAGAGCUGCCAGCACCUGCACCUCUGCAAGUUCUUCAUCUACGGAACCUGCAGGUUCGGAAAGGGCAGGUAUCCCUGUAAAUUCUCCCACGAUGUCCACUCGGAUCAUAAUUACAAAUUACUGAGAGAGUGCACGCUGCAGGACCUGAAGGAGGAGGAACUGUUCCUGCUGCUGCUGCAGAACGACCCCACUUUGCUGCCAGAGGUGUGUUUGCACUACAACAAGGGCUCGGGUCCUCACGGCAACUGCACCUUCCAGGAGAACUGCACCAAAGUCCACCUGUGUCGGCACUUCGUUCAGGGCGACUGCAUGUUCGGAAACAAAUGUAAGCGGCAACACGUCGUGGACGAAGGCAGCCGCAGGAUGCUGGAGGAGCGAGGACUGAGCAGAGACAUCAUCAACAACCUGCCCUUCAUCUACAGGAACGUCCAUCACAUCGCCGCUGCAGGUGCAGGUGUAGAGGCCGAUUCUUCCUGUAAAUCAGCUCAAGCUGUCGAGACGAGGGAGAUCUGUUUACACUUCAUCAGAAACAGCUGCAAGUUCCACGAAAACUGUCGGCGUGUCCACUUCCGCCUUCCUUACAAGUGGGAAGUGUUGGACAAUGGCACCUGGACAGACCUGGAGGACAUGGAGGACAUCGAGCGAGAUUUCUGCGACCCGGCUAAAACCCACAGCAGUGGAUUUCAACCCGUGGACUUCCUGUCGAUGACAUGCGGGUCACUGCCUGUCCGCCGUCUCUCCACCAUCUCCUCGGUAACCAAGCCGCCUCACUACAGCCUGACGACCCAGUGGCUGUGGUACUACAAAGGGGAUCAAGGGAGCUGGGUGGAGUAUGGCCAGCUGGAUGACAAGCAGCGCUCCACGUCGGCAACGUCCCAUACAUUGGAGGAGGCCUUCCUGUCUGAUGGAGAGGCCGAAGUCAAAGUGGUGAAAGGACAGAGACAGUACAUCAUCAGCUUCACAGACAUGUACCAGAGGAACCCCAAACACAAGACCAAGAGGAAGGUUCGGCGUCGGCCCCGCUUUGUCUCCAUGGCCGAGGUGGACCGCCUGGUGGCUGAGCAGACCACCUGAGCUCCAGCUGGCCUGGUGCCUCAUCCUUCUUCCUCCAUCCUGGAGUCUAGCCGUCGUGUCUACUGUAACUUCAGAUCUGAUGAAACUUGUUCAUGCUGUGUUCUGCAGCCACUCGGAAUGAUCGGAACUCCAAUGGAAGCUUAAAGUCAGAUUUUCUCACCAACGCAUCUAUCUAUCUAUCUAUCUAUCUAUCUAUCUAUCUAUCUAUCUAUCUAUCUAUCUAUCUAUCUAUCUAUCUAUCUAUCUAUCUAUCUAUCUAUCUAUCUAUCUAUCUAUCUAUCUAUCUAUCUAGUUAGUUAGUUAGUUAGUUAGUUAGUUAGUACGUACUACUUGUUUAUAGCCUUCCAACAGCAUCAUCCUCCUGUUAACCUCAUUCUUUAUUGGAAGCUUGAGAACAGAAACCAGAGGAGGACCCGUACUCAGUAGGAAUUCAUGGGAUUUCCAUCACAAGCAGCAACCACGUUGUUUACAAGAUGACAUUAAGGACUUUGCAUCAA